AUGGAUGAUCUCGCGAGCGUGCUUGCCGCUGCGGGCCUCAAGUCACAAGGCAAGCACACGCCGAUGGUGCCGAAGCGACCCCCAGGGGGAGGCAUGGGCGGAGGCAUGGGGGGAGGGAUGGGAGGAGGCAUGGGGGGAGGCGGAGCACCCAGCUGGGGUGUCGGCGGCGGAGGAAUCGGGGGAGGCCAGAUGGGCGGCAGCGGUGUGGGUUCCGGAUUGGGGGGAGGCACGGGGGGAGGGAUGGGUCGAGGGGUGGCCGGGGGUAUGGGUGGGAGUUCGGCGGGAGGUAUGGGAAAUCUAGGAGGUAUGGGGAAUUUGGGAGGUAUGGGAAACUUGGGGGGUAUGGGGAAUUUGGGAGGCAUGGGAGGAGGAAUGGGAGGAGCAGGAGGAGGCAUGGGAAAUCUAGGAGGUGGGAUGAACAAACCGGCUGCCGGUAUGGGUGGUGGCAUGGGUGGCGGGGGAAGUGGCAGCAUGGGUAGCGGCAUGAGUGCCGGCAUGGGCGGCGCCAUGGGUUCCUUUGGAAAAGGCAUGGCCAGUGGCGGUAGUAGCGGCGGGAGUCGCGGCGCGGGUACCGGCCUUUCCAACAACGCGUUCGCGGGGCUGGGAGUGGCGGAUUUCGGGCUCGGAGGCGGAAGCGGAGCGGGGAGUAAGAGCGGCGCGGGCGCAAGCUCGUCGAGUCGCGGCCAAACCCCCACGAGAUCCGGACAUUCCGGCAGAUCGUCGCCGUCCGUGACCGAGGAUCUCUCGUCAGGCUCUACUGGCGGCGGCGGCGGCGGCGGCGGAGGGGUGGCUGCGACGGCUUCGGCGUUUGACGAGCUGAUGAGCCAGGGGUUCGAGAUGCCGCCUUCGUCGUCGUCCGCGACGUCGUCCGCGAAAGACCGGCGCGAUCCGUCGCCGGUGCCUGCUGCUCACGCGGACGACGAUCUGCUGGCCGGAUUCGGCAGUUCCGCCAAGCCCACGAGCACCGCUGGGGGACUAUUCCCCGAAGAGGGAGGGCCCUCGCCCAUGCCCUCGCACUCCUCCUCCUCUGCUGCGCCCUCUGCUGCUGCUGACCCGUUUGGAGUCGACCCGUUAUUCGGUACAGGUGCCCCUGCCUCUGCUGCUGCUGCUGCUGCUGUUCCCGAUCCUUUUGAUGCGUUUGCCAUGCCUACUGCUGGAAGCGGCUCGGGAGGCUCGGGAUUAGGUAUGGAUGGGGGAGUUCCGACACAGGGCAGCGGUUUGGGAGACCAGGCUUCAGGUCCGGAUAUCGGUCUGGGUGACUUUGAGACUGCACCCUCUUAUGCUGCUGCUGGCGGUGGUGGUGCUGGUGGUGGUGGUGGUGAUGGUCCCAUGCCCAGGAAAAUGAGCUUUGAGAAUGCUGGGGAGGGAGGGGCAGCAGGGGCAGGUGGGCGCGGGUCAGGCGGGAGGGGAGGGGAGGAAGCAGGAGGGAGACGGCAGCAGUCGGAGCAGAGAGGGGGAGGGGCAGGUGGAUUGGACGGGUUUGAUGAGUUUGCUGCUGGUGGCAGUGGGAGGGGAGGGGAGGAGGAGGAGGAGAGGGGGGCCCCGCCUAGGAGGCGGAGGGCGGCCAAUGGGGAGUUGCCAGGUGGCGGCUCUUCGAACCUCUCUCGCCCACCCUCCUCUCCUCCUCGCCCCACCCACGUGCAGCAACCAGCGCCGCCAAAGCAGCCUUCUUCAGCCGACGAUUGGGCCGACAUUCUCGGUGUGUUCCUCUCAUUCUUGGUCCGUUCCAAUCGUCCCGUUCUUCCCUCUUUUGAGACGUCUCAAAAGCCAACAAUUGGGCCGGCAUUCUGUGUGUUUCUCUCAUUCUUGGUUUGUUCCCAUCGUCCCGUUCCUUCCUCUUCCGCCCCCUCUCUUCCCCUCCCCAUAUCCCUCUCCCCCACUUCCCCCUCCCCCCCUCUCUCUUCUCCCUUCCCUCUCUUGCUUUUCCUCUCUUCAUGUCCUUCUCUUCCUUUCCCUCUCGUUCCCUCUCUUCUUUUCCGUUUCUCACUCUUCCUUUCCCUCUCAUACUUUCCCCCAUUUUCACGCUCCCUCCGUCCAUCCCCUUCCCUUCCUCUCCUCCUCUCCCUCUGCUUCUCACAGCAUCCAUCACCACUUCACCAUCAAAAUCCGCAUGUCCCAAUCAUGUUCCCUUCAAUCCCUCAUUCUCUCAAUCCCAUCUGUUCCCUUUCUCUCUCCUUCUCCCUACCUCUGCCCCCACUCCUACUCAUCCGUUUUCCCGUCACGCGUUCCCCUUCACAUGAGCCAGGCGGGGGAGGGGGAGGAGGCGGCGGAGGUGGGGGGGCAGCAGCAGGCGCGCGGGCAGCGGGAGGCAGUCGGCUGGACGAGUUUCAGGAGGUGGAGGGCGAGAGUGAGGAGCGGCGGCAGCUGCGAUACGAACGGUUUCAGCGCCUGCAGGAGAGAGCGGAGCUCCUGAGAGGUCUAAUCCCUCCUCUGCAUCUCCCGGUUCUCCUUUCCCCCCAUCUCCCCCUCUCCUUCAACUUCCCACCUCUGCUUUUUGAAGCGCCUAAAAAAAAACUCCUGAGAGGGCCCAUCUCUCCUUCUCAAUACCUCCCAGCUCUCUCUUUCCCCCACCUCCCCCCUUCCAUCAUCUUCCCACCUCUGCUAUCCCCCCCUCCCUCUCUUAAUCUCGUCCACCCUCCCGCACAUUUUUUUUUUCCGCCCGCCCUUUCCCCACGGUUUCCGUCUCUCUCAUUCAUCGCCCCACAUGCGCUCUUCCUUGCUCCGCCCAACUUCCUCCUUUCUCCCCGCCCCCACCUAGCGUCCUUUCUUCUCGUUCCACUCCUCCACCUCGUCCGCCCCUUUCUCCUCCUCCCUCCCGUCUCCUUACCGACCCCCCUUCCUCCUGUGCACCCUUUAACCCACCCCACCCCCCCUCUUCCCCCGUCCGCUCUCCCCCCUCCUUCCCCCCCGUCCGCCCUUCCCCCCUCCCUUCCCCCCGUCCGCCCUUCCCCCCUCCCUUCCCCCCGUCCGCCCUCCCCCCUCUCCACCAACUGCACCCCGUGGCAGGCAGCAGCGUUGGAUGAGAAGAAGAAGCGAGACAUGGACGUUCUCAAGGAGCAGGAGGACCGACACAAAGCGGGGGAGAUGUUGGAUUUCGAGAUCAAGCGGUGGGCGGCGGGCAAGGAGGGCAACCUGCGUGCUCUCCUCUCCACAUUGCAGUUUGUGCUCUGGCCGGAGUGCAAGUGGGAGCCUGUGGCGCUCACAGACAUCAUCAGUGCGGCAGCAGUGAAGAAGUCGUACCGCAAGGCAGCGCUGUGUGUGCAUCCGGACAAGGUGCAGCAGAAGGGCGCCACAGUGCAGCAAAAGUACAUUGCUGAGGAGGUGUUCGACCUGCUCAAGGAGGCGUUCAACAAGUUCAAUUCCGAGGAGCUGUUUUAA